AGUAGCGGUAGCACACCAUUUGGUUGAUUUACCAACUCCCAUUCACCCCCGAAGAAGAAGACAAACCGGAAUUUCCGGAAAUAGAAAAAGCGCGUUGCAACUAGCUCCACUCAGCUAAUCUUGCGCUACAUCACGACACCAGACCCGGCCGCAGCAAUGUCUUCGACAUCUCAGAAACACAGAAACUUUGUGACAGAGCCAAUUGGAGAAAAACCGGUAUACGCUCUUGGAGGCAUCGGCGAGGUCCUUGGCAAAAGACUGGAGGAAAAAGGCUUCGACAAGGCGUACGUCGUCCUCGGACAAUUUCUGCUGCUGAAGAAAGAUUCAGAGCUUUUCCGAGAAUGGCUAAAGGACACUUGUGGUGCAAAUACAAAACAGCAAGGUGACUGCUUCAACUGCCUUAAAGAAUGGUGUGAUUCCUUCCUUUAAAGAAUUUUUAAAUUAAUAUCUAUAGUUUUGUAGUUCAAAAUGUUCAUCAGCAUCACACCAGAGAUUUAUUGAAGUAAAGGGUUAAUGAUGAUGUCCUCAAACUGUUGUUUUUUUCACAGACUGUAUCACACUUUUUCUUGAUGUUUUAGAUGAAUGUUAGUCAAGUUAUUUGACCAAAAUUUAAGGUUUCAUUCUGAUAUUAAAUGUACACAACAUGUGGGUCAAAAUGGAAUCUCCUGAUCGCAAGCUGCUCUUUCAUUUACAUUUAUACUCAAAUUGGAAGAAAAGGUUGCUCAAUCAGACAAAAAAAAAAUCAAACUUUGAAACACAUGAUAAGAAUAUGUGAAUACCCAAGAGCUGUGGUCCCUACCUUUUUUGCACCACAGACCGGUGUAAUGUGUGCCUUUCUUUUCACAGACCGGCAGUGUGCAGAAGCAAAUUACAGUAAAUUUAAGACAACACGGCGGGGCUAAAAACGAACAUUAAGUGCUGGGGGAAAUAUCACUCGCCAUAUGCUGAAUCAACCUUUUUUAACAGUGGCCUUCCCUAAAACUAAAAAAUGUUCUUCUAAAAGUUCUCUCCAAUCGUAAAAGGUUUCUUGGCUGUAGCAAUACGGUUUGCCACGAGGUAUGAUGCUCUCGGAGCAUUCGCUUUUGUUGCCUCAUUUAAUUUUAGCCUCAUACAGUAUUAUGCAGAAUGGACUUGGUUGUAGGCGCGCCCGCAGCACACACCCAACAGAAGCUAACGUUACUGUUUGUAAUACUUACGCUGGGCUGCUAUAGGUGUGCAAACACCCCAGUAAUGGCGAUCAACCACUAGAUGGCGACAUACGCAAAUCUAUACUCGAAUUAGUCAAUAGAGUCGACAGGCAUUUUGAUGUGUCAAGAGGCACAGGCCAGAUUGCGGUCGUUGACAAAUGAUUUAUUAUUUCCCUGCGGCCUGGUGUCCCCGGGCCAGUGGUUGGGAAUCACUGCCUAAGAGAACCAACUAUGUGAUCCCGGUUUAGUCCAGUAUAGGAAAAUCAUCUUUUCAUACCAGGAAGAGCAGACAUAAUAUUCAAGAUGUGGCUUUCAAAGGGACUUGGAACUUUUUAUGUUCCUGAUACAAGUGUCAUGAUGUCCGUUGAUCAGGUGAGAGUGAAAUUUGAAUUGGACACUUUUUUUUUUUUUUUUUAAACAUAAUUGUAACUCGGGAUUUUUAUUCAAACAAACCAGAAUAUUGAACUCCUUAAACCUCCCCUCUCCACUUGAGAUGAUUUCAUGAAAGACAGACACACUAUAACA